AUGUCGCGCGACCCCUACUCGACCGGGGGCAGCGCGGUCGGGCCCGGGGGCGGCGGCACGCGGUCCCCGCGCAGCGGCCGCCGCGUCGGCGAGUUGCCCACCGUCGACCGCAGCCCCUCCAGGAGCUAUAAACGCGGCACCCGCAGCGGCAACAACUCGCCGGACCACCUGGCCUACGGAGCCGGCGGCGGCUACCACCACCACCAGCUGGGCAGCCCGUACUACUCCAGGGACGAGGACCUGGGGAGCCCGAUCAUGCUCGAGGAGCGCGGCCGCAGCAUGUCGACCGGCGCCGGCGGCGUCCACCACCGCUCCAGGAGCGCCUCCCGCCCCGCCAUGUCCGGCUCCGCCGGCAUGUCCGCCCGCUACACCAGCCUCGACCGCGCCUCCGCCGGCAUCCUCGACCACGACCGCGAGUUCGUGCCCAUCCGCGACCCCCGGGAGCGAAGUCGCGACCGCGGAGUCGGCAUCUACCUCGAGGACGACCUGUACGGGUCCAGGUCCGCGCGGCAGAGCCCCAACCCCCACGUGAUGCGCGACGGCGGCGGGUACAUCGGCGAGCUCCAGCACCAGAACAACGACCUCCAGCGCGAGCUCGGCAACCUGAAGAAGGAGCUCGAGCUCACCAACCAGAAACUCGGCAGCUCGAUGCACAGCAUCAAGACCUUUUGGAGCCCGGAGCUCAAGAAGGAGCGCGCCCUCCGGAAGGAGGAGAGCACCAAGUACAGCCUCAUCAACGAGCAGCUCAAGCUGCUCAACUCGGAGAACCAGAAGCAGAGCAUGAUGGUCCGCCAACUGGAGGAGGAACUGAGGCUGCGGAUGAGAGGGCCUAGCGUGGAGAUGCAGCAGCAGAUGGAGGUCCUCUACAACGAGAACGAACAUCUCACUCGUGAGAUCGCCAUACUUCGGGAUACGAUAAAGGAGCUGGAGCUCAGGAUAGAGACGCAGAAGCAGACCCUGCAGGCCCGAGAUGAGAGCAUCAAGAAGCUCCUGGAGAUGCUGCAGAAUAAAGGGAUGGGGAAAGAGGAGGAGAGGAUCAUGUUCCAGCAGAUGCAGUCCAUGGCCCAGAAGCAGCUGGAUGAACUCAGGACGGAAGUCCAACGGCGGGACCAAGAGAUUCUAGCCAUGUCCGCGAAGAUGAAGACCCUGGAAGAACAGCACCAGGACUACCAGAGGCACAUCGCCGUGCUCAAGGAGUCCCUCUGCGCCAAGGAGGAGCACUACAACAUGCUGCAAGCCGACGUGGAGGAGCUGAAGCAGAGGCUGGAAGAGAAGAACCGCACGAUCGAUAAGAAGACCCAGGCGGCCAUGCAGGCUUACCAGGAACGCAAUCGUCUCAGCACCGAGCUCACCGAGAUCAAGGACCACAUGGACAUCAAGGAUCGCAAGAUCAACGUCCUCCAGCGGAAGAUCGAGAACCUGGAGGACCUCCUGAAGGAGAAGGACAACCAAGUGGACAUGGCCCGGGCACGUCUGACCGCGAUGCAGGCGCACCACUGCAGUAGCGAGGGUGCGCUGAGCAGCCUCGAGGAGGCCAUCUGCGACAAGGAGAAGCAAAUGGCGCAGCUGCGGGAACAGAGGGACCGCGCCGAGCAAGAGAAACAGGAAGAGAGGGAGUUGCACGAGAGGGAGCUCGCCGAAUACAAGAUGAAACUACACGCUCUCGAGUCCGAGGUGGAGAAACUCGGCGCGCGAUUGGAGAGGGCUCAGGCCGAGAAAGACCGUCUCGAGGCGAAGCUCGAAAGCUCUCAGUCGGAGCUGGGGAAAAGCAAAGCCGAGCUCGAUAAGGCCGCUUCCGAAGUUGGUCGAAGCGGAGCCGACUGGGAAGCUGCGAAGCAGCGAUUGGCGAGGUUGGAGCUCGAGAACGAGAGGCUGAGACACGACCUCGAGAGGUCUCAGACCACCUUCGGCAGGAGCACCCUCAAUUCCUCCCAGGAGAUCGACAGGAUCCAGGAAAGAGCCGAAAAGGCCUCCUCCGAGCUGAGGAGGGCUCAAGCCGAGCUGAGGGUCACGCAGGCUGAUAACGAAAGGGCCAGGGCCGAAGCCGCGGCCCUGCAGGAGAAGGUUGAGAAGAGCCAAGGGGAGGUCUAUAGACUCAAGGCCAGGCUGGAGAACGCUCAGGGCGAGCAGGAAAGUCUUCGAGAAGAAUAUGAUCGAGCCCAGGCUGCAGUGGCCAGACUUCACUCCGAGAGGGAAAAAGCGACGGCCGACCUGGAGAAGGCCCAAGAGGAGCUGGAGCGCACCCAAGCCACCCUGGGGAAGGCCCAGCUUCAACAGGACAAGCUACAAAAUUUGCUCGACAAGACCCAGAGCGAAGUCGACAAACUCCAAGAAAGGUUGGACAAGUCCCAGGCCGAAGUUCGCAGGAUGCAAAUGGAAAAGGAAAAGCAGAACUACGACUUCGAGAACGUCCAGAGCCAGCUGGACAAGGCACUCGGUCAGUCCACGAGGAUGCAGAAGGAGAGAGAGGCCAUCGAGCUGGAGUUGGAUCGUCUUCAGGACAAAUACGAGAAAGCUCAGAUGAUCAUGCAACGACUGCAAAAGGAGCGAGAUAACUUCCAGGAGGAGAUGGAGAAGCUGCACGAGAGGAUAGAGCUGCAGCAGACGCAGAUAGCGAAGAUGCAGCGAGAAAAGGAGAACACUACGUCCGAGUUGGAUCUGGUCAAGGAGAGAUGGGAGAAGGUGCACAACUCCCACCAAAAGCUCACCCUGGAACGCGACGACGCGCUGACGGAGGUGGAGAUCCUGAAGGAGAAGGUGGAGAAAGCCCAAUACUCGCUUACCAAGGCGCACGAAGAGCGAGAAAACGCGAACAAGGAAUUCGAAAAAAUGCUGGAGAAGUACGACAGGGCGCAGAGCGAGGUGUAUCGACUGCAGAACCGCAUCGAGGUGAUGGAGGCCGACAAGGACCGGCUAGAGCUGGAGGCAGAGAAGCAGCAGAUGCUGGCAUUGAAGGGUCGAGAAGAGGCUCGAAAGGCCCAGGAGGAGCUGGCCAGGGUGCAGGAGAUGUACGACCGGGCGGCGCUGCAGCUGGGUCGGACGAAGGAGCACGAGGAGAAGUCGAAGGAGGACCUGGAUCGGCUGGCGGUAGACCUGGAGAUGGUACGGGAGCGGUACGAAAAGUCGCAGAUAGAGCUUCGCCGGCUGCAGAAUGAGCGCGAAAAGCUGGUAGCGGACAACGAGCGGGUGAGCUUCGAGCUGGAGCGAGCGCACUCGCAGCUGGCGAAGGCCCAGGCCGCCACGGAGAAGACGCAGGAAGAGCUGGCGAGGAUGCAGCUGGAGAUCGAGAAGAUGUACGAGAAGCACGACCGGCAGCAGGCGGAAGUGCGGAAAGCGCAAGCGGAAGCCGAGCGGGCGCGCGCGGAGGCGGAGAGCGCGCGCGAGGAGAGCGAGCGAUACGCCGCUCGCUUCGGGAAGUACCAAGAGAGUCAGGAGCGCCAGAAGGAAGACUACGAGCGGACGAAGCUGGAGGCCGAGAGGCUGCGCGACCGGCUGGAGAAGGCGCUGGCAGAGCUGGACCGAGCGCGCAAAGCGGAACAGGACGCCUCGAGAUUGCGCGCCGACCUGGAGCGCGCGGAGGGAGUGCGAGGUAAAUACCAGUACGAGCAGGAGAAGUGGCAGAGCGAGGGCAGCAGGUUGCAGCAGGAGGUCGAGAAGCUGCGAGAGCGGCUGGAGGGCCGGGAGGCCGAGCUCAAGUGGCAGCAGGCGAACGGGGCGCAGCUGGAGACGAUGCUGCACGAAGCUCAGCUGCAGCUGGAGCGCGCCCGGGAGGAGGCCGGCAAGGCGACGGCCGCGCAGGAGCGGAACCGCGCGGAGAUCGAGCGGGCGCGGAUCGAGGCGGAGAAGAUCAAGGACAAGCACGAGAAGCUGCGAGCCCGGUCGGAGGCCCUGGAGGCGGACAACGAGAAGCUGCGCGUAGAGAUCGCUCGGCUGGAGCGGCUGAUGCAGACGGAGGGCAAGACGCGCUCCGAGAGCGCGAGCAUCGAGGUCGAGAGACUGCGAGCGAGCCUGGACAAGGCGAUCGUGGCUCGCGACCAGGUGGAGCUGGAGGCCGGGCGACUCGCCAAGGAGCUGGAGAAGUCGCAAAUGCACCUGGGGAAGUACCAGGAGGCGGCCGACCUGGCGAAGAAGGAGCUGGAGCGGUUGACGGCCGAGCAGGCGCUGCUGCGCGAGGAGAGGGACGCGCUGCGGCAGGAGCUGCACCGGGGCCAGCAGCAGCUCCAGCAGCUGCAGCAGCAGGCGCAGCACCAGGCUCAGCAGCAAGCGCAGCAGCAGGCCGCGGCCGUCGGCGCCGAGGAGCUCGGCCGGCUGCAGCACGACCUGCAGCUCGCGCAGCGCGAGCGCGACCGCAUGGCCGCUAUCUUGGAGAACCGCGAGAAGCACUCGGAGAAGAUCGAGAAACUCAAGGAGAAGCUGGAGGCCGAGGCCAAGCAGCUGCAGGUCGAGCGGGACCAGCUGGUCAUUCAGCUGGAGAAGUCGCAGGACAUGCUGAUGAACUUCCAGCAGGAGCUCAAUUCCAGCGAGGCCGAGCUGGAGCGGCAGCGCGAGGAGGUGCGCCGGCUGCAACAGCGCGCUCACGCGCAGACCCCGGACCGCGCCGCGAAGGAGGCCCUGGAGUCCCAGACGCGCGAGGUCCACCGUUUGGGCCAGCAAGUGCAGACGCUCACCCAGGCCCAGGCCAAGGAGCGGCAGCGCGCCGAACAGGCGGAGAAGCGACUCCAGGACGUGCAGAAGCAGCAGGCCGCCGCAUCCGGACAGGAGGCUCAGCUGGAGCAGUGGCGCAAACUCGUCGAGCAGGAGAAGCUCCGCGCGGACGCCGCGGAGCGCGAAGCCAACGACCUGCAGAAACGCGUGCAGACCGCCGACCGGCAGCUGCACGCCCAUCAGCAACAGAUCCAGCAGAUGCAGGCUAGCCUGCAGCAGUACCAGCAACAGCCCCCGGCCCAGGCCCAUCAGAACGGACAGGAGGCCGCCCGAGUGCGCAAGGACCUAGAGCGCGCCCGGGAGGAGCUCAAGCAGGCUGCCGUCGAGAGAGAGCGCUUCCAGGCGCAGCUCGAGAUGCUCUGCCAGGAACUCGAGAAAAAUCAGGUGGAUCUCCACGAGGCGAACAAGAAACUCCAAGCUGGAGGCGCGAAGCCUGGCGUCGACUCUAGCCAGGAGAGGAAACAGCUGGAGGACCAGAGGAGGCAGCUGGAGGAACAGAGGAAGCAGAUGGAGGAGAGGGCCAAAUCCGUCGAUCAGAGGCAUAGGACGAUAGAGGAGAAAGAGAGGGCGCUUCAGAAUCUCGACCAGGACUUGAAGAAACGCAAGGCCAAGAUGGACCAGCUCGAGCAGCAGCUGCAGAGGAGCGGCGGGUCGCCCGACAAAAGGCUGGCAGAGGUGCAGAAAGCUCUGGAAAUCGCGGAAAAAGAACUCGAAAAGGCCAAGGAGGACUCCGGACGAAGCGCCGCGGAAACCGAGAGGUUACUACACCUCGUACAAAUGUCGCAAGAGGAGCAGAACUCCAAGGAGAAACAAAUCAGAGAACUUCAAGAUGCACUAAAAGCCGCACAAGCAAAGUUAAAACAAGCCGCAACUGCACAGCAACAAGAGGCGGGACCCGCCGGAUUCCUAAAAAGCUUCUUCUAAGGUCGAUUUUCUUUGGGGACGCCCUCUCCAUUCUUUUUAGUACAAUUUGCAUAAAUUAAUACGCGUCAACGUCGACGGCAUAUAAUACUCGAGGAAGCGAGAAAGGCAAACGACCGACAGAUAUACGUCAAAUAAUUAUUUUACUUAAUGCUACGACCAUUGUUAACGUAUUAAUAAUAGCGACGAUAAUAAGAGUAAAACAAUAAUAUUAAUUACGGCAAGCGGAUCGACAACAAUAAUAAUUGAUAACAAUUUACCGAGAAGACGAUAAUACGUAUAUAUGUAUAUACACGUAAACGAAGAACGGACAUAAGAUCCUGAAGAAGGAUCGGAAGUUAUCGGGCUUUAGAUUCCAGAAAUCGAAGUAAAUUUUCAUAUAGGCGAUCGGCCGAUAACGAACGACUGAUAACGAGCGAAAUUAGCACACCUUUCCAUCGUUGCGUUGCCAAUUCACCGAGUAAGAUGAACGUAUCCACCGAAUCCUUUUUUACCACAAAAAUUUCUCAAUGUCCGCCGUCGCAGUCAUUUCUGCAGAUGAGCUCAAAGCGCUUAUCAAAAAGCACCCCGUAAAAGUGGUCGAAUAAUUUUUCCCACGAUCAGUCGUCGCAGCUUCGAAAUGCCCUGGACGAGGUCCAGGCCUGGAAACGGGAAACGGAGACGAAGGA